GGGGGGAGGAGGAGAAGAAGAAGAUAUUGGCGGACUGGGGCAUCGACAUUGAUGGGAAGAUCAAGAUACCCAGCUCAAAAACCAUGCGAGAUAUCCUUGCACUCAAAGAAAGACCCGAAGGCUGGGGGGAGCUCCGUUGCAAGCAAGCUAUCUGGCAGGCAAACGAGAUUGAGAACUCGGUCGACCCCGAUUUCGAACAUCUGACUGUGGUCGACUACGACGUAACAUCCGCCGCGCCUGCGAACUUUCGAGACAUUAAUAUUCUCCCACCACGCGUGCUUUCUCUCUUGUGGGACAUUACUCUCGAUCCGGAAUGGAUCCACUGGCCUCAGGAAUUCCAGGUUCGCCGCAUACUGAGUUGUAUUGUCUCCGGUGAUAAUCGGUUCUUCAUCCCUGCGAAACAAUCAUCCGGAAACAUCACCGUCAAAGUCCAUGUACCGGCAAAAGAAUGCAUAAAACAAUAUUCGCCUUUCCCCGACGCGCAAGUACGCGUCAAACUCGGCGACGAUGAAAAGUUGCUGGUAAACUGGUUAGAGGUGGAUUCUGCGGCUAAGGGCGCGGACAGGUGCAAAAUGUUACUGCUCCUCAAUUCACUGGCGAAAUGCUUCAGUCUAGUCCCCAACCGCAUCGAAACGAUACUAUUAGUUGCUGUUUAUAUCAACUACGACCGCAACAUCUUCAAAUCCACCGAAAUUACUAUCUUUCAGGUUCCACCCUCCAACGACAACGGUCCAGUCCAGACCUUCCAGUAUGAGACAGCAAAGGGACCCGACGGAGCUUCCGAUUUUCUAAACGUCAUGUUUAAUUUACUAAGUCGCAUCGGUAGCUGUGUCAGCAGACAACCGAAGCUAUUCGCCACCGUUCAGGCCAGUGUUACCGGAGCCAAGCCCGUAAUCACCGCCCAAGCCAGUGGUGCACUCACUCAGACCGCAAAAUCUUCCAAACACCCGACGACCCGCUCGGAUGACGGAGGCAGUGGCGGUGCAGGUGACGUUGGAGGCAGUGGAACUAGUGGUGCAGGUGGAGGUCACUACCCAACCGGAGAUGGGGGUGAUCGUCACCCUCCAGGAGGCGGAGGUCAAGCUGAUCCGGACUCCAAAUCAUCAAAGCGUCGUCGGCUUAACGAACCUGAUGUGGACAGGUGUGAUAUGGCUGCGCAGUUGCCAGCCUGGGUGCCCCUCUCGCCCUCAUCAGUAGCCAGCGCCACGUUGUCCGAUGGCGGGUUGGGAGAAGACGAUGACACAAUCUACCGUCUCAACUCACGCUCCCUAACAUCUGCACUACAAGAGAUCGUCAACAGACUAACUCUUCCCAAGCUCGGAGGGAUAUUACGUCUUCAUCGAUCCGAAGAUGAUGCCAGGCCAUUUGCAAUGGCGAAACUUGCUUCCGGAAAGGAGGUUAACCACACGGCGCAUCUAGAAGCAAUUCCUGGAACCGUGAAGAUCCUCUCGCAUCAUCCCGUGAUGCGUGCGAAGGACACCAAUAUCUUGUUCACCUACUAUGCUGGUCCCGAUCUUCGGUGGUACUGCAGCACCUACCAGUACUUAUCCUCUAAAGUACCACACCCCCUUCGGGUAGCCAAGGACCUCCUUGCAACGAUCCAGGCUGUACAUGAUGCAGGCUUGGUACACCUUGACAUUAAACCUGCAAACAUUUGCAUACCGGAUGGCGUUCUGAGCAGUCCUGGUGCUGUUCUUAUUGACUUUGGAUCUUCACAACGCAUUCCUGGUCGUGUCCGUUACCCAUUCGGGACCGUUGGAUGGCUUGCCCCAGAAGUUGAAUCCCAACAAGAAGUUGUUGAUUUAUGUUUGGUAGACGUGUGGGCUACUGGGAAGGUGCUUCUUUACAUGCACCAAUUUCUUCCUCUGGAACCUGAGGUCGAUGGGAUUUUCUUACUCAAGGAGGUUGGUGAGGCUUUGAGUGCGCCAACACCUACGGAAAGGAUCUCACUGGUUGCAGCCACAGAGUUGCUAGGUUGAUCCCUUUUGCAAUGCUUUCCUUUCUCAUAACCCACUUAGCUGGCCAUGUUGUGUCAUCCUCCUGAUAUGUCCUAUUCUCAUGUCUUGACUUGGGCUGUGUUACUCGACUCCUUGUACUCCUAUGCAGUGUAUAAUGUAUCUACAUCCUGUCACCGUAAUUGAAUUUCGGAAAUGCAACUUUUACAGACUUGG